CAGUCUCACGCUGUGCUGGCGACCUCUGCUGCUGGUGCGGCUUCUGUGCCCGCAGGUGUCGUCUGUGUGUCCACGGCUGUGGCUUCUGCAGUUCCUGUGCCUGCAGAUGUCGUUUCUGUGGUUUCGGUGCCCACAGGGGCAGUGGCUGGAGGCCACCCGCCUCCGCUUGCUCUCCCACCGCCUGCUCAUGCUGUGGAGGGCCACUCUCAGCAGGUGCCACAGCAGCAGAACCACCAGCAGCAGAACCAGCAGCAGUUACAGCAGCAGCUUGAGCAUCAUCAGCAAGGGUUGCCUGCUAGUUCCCCUGUGACUGGGUCCCUGCUUGAAGUCGUAUCUGUGGUGCAGCCAGACCCGAAAUUAACCCAAGUUGGGACCUACACGCCUCCUGUCACACUUGCUUCCCCGCCUUCUACUGGUACUGCUGCUGGUGCUGCUGCCGGUGCUGCUGCUGGUUCGGCUCCACAGCAGCAGCAAGGACAGUACGUGCAGGCGUCAGUGCAAGUGCCCAGCUGCGGAGGACAGCAGGGAUCUAUCAACGCUAACAACAUGACUGUGAGUGACAUGGCAGCUGCUACGCUUAUGAAUGGGGACAAGCCCAUCUGCACUGCUCCAAUGGACGUGGAUGCACAGAAGCAAGGGGGGCAGGGUGCUGCCAACAGAGUCAUUGCUUUGCAGGCAGAAUCGGGUGCAGGAAAGGAGGUGGGGCCACCGGUUGGUGUCAGCAGGGGCUGUAACGAGGAGCUGGUUAUUGUGGAUGGGAAGGACGCUGGACGCUUGGUGUCUGGUGCAGGAGCGAAGAUGGGGCAACUUGCUCUUAUGCAUUUCAGAGCAUCUCCAAAUUGUGUGCUGCCAUCUCCAUUUCAUGGUUCAGAAAGUGGGAGUGGAGCCCAGAGCCCAGUGGACAUUUCUCCACUUGGACCUGUCCCAGUGGCAACAUUAAAUGAAGCAGCGAAGCACGAGUGAAUGGAAGAAAGCCAUCGAAUGCAUCCUAGAUCAAGCUCGCAAGGAUGUUCUUAACAACAACGCCAGUAGUGCCAUACUUUGUGCGACUUAGGCUCAUGAGACUAGAAACUAUGUCCGACUAAGUAGGUAGUUGUUGCGGAAUGGCUUGUCAUAUCUAUUCCUCGAGUACAGCUGAAAUUGA